UCGCUCUAAAAUCAGCUGAUAUGUUGUGAUUUGUGUGAAAUGCUACGAAGUGGUUUAUUUGGAAAAUCAAGUUAAAACAAAGAUAGCAAAAGAAAUCGACAAAACAAUAAAAAAAAUACUAUAUCACGAGUUUAAUAUUUCAUAAUUCUAUACAUCUUCCUAAUUGGAUGAUUUAUUUCACACUUGUCUAUUCUCUCGUUGGAAACUCAAAAUGAGCUACCAAGACGAAGAAGAACAAAUUGGCUAUCAUGUUGACUCAUUCCCCAAGGAUUUUGGCUACGGGGCAUUCGAACCGGACAACGAUAAUCAAAGUGUUAGCGAAUCCAAGCCGCGCAUCCUCUUAAUGGGAUUGCGUCGAUCUGGCAAAAGUUCCAUUCAAAAAGUAGUUUUUCAUAAGAUGUCUCCCAAUGAGACACUGUUCCUCGAGUCGACAAGUAAAAUUGUCAAAGACGACAUCAACAACAGCAGUUUUGUUCAAUUUCAAAUUUGGGAUUUUCCCGGCCAAAUUGACUUUAUCGAUCCGACCUUUGAUUCGGACAUGAUCUUUGGCGGUUGUGGAGCAUUGGUUUUUGUGAUUGAUGCCAAAGAUGAUUACAAUGAGGCGUUGACUAAAUUCAAGAAUACCGUUAUUAAGGCGUACAAAGUCAAUCCGCGAAUAAAGUUUGAAGUUUUUAUACACAAGGUCGACGGAAUCAGUGAUGAUUCAAAAAUGGAAUCACAACGUGACAUUCAUCAGAAAGCCUCUGAUGACCUCAGCGAUGCUGGCCUCAAUCAAAUCCAUUUAAGCUUCCACCUGACAUCAAUUUAUGAUCAUUCAAUUUUCGAGGCGUUUUCAAAAGUAGUUCAAAAGCUAAUACCGCAAUUGCCAACACUGGAAAAUCUUUUAAACAUUUUAAUUUCGAAUUCUGGCAUUGAAAAGGCUUUCCUCUUCGACGUGGUUUCAAAAAUUUACAUUGCUACUGAUUGUUCUCCAGUGGAUAUGCAAUCAUAUGAACUCUGCUGUGACAUGAUUGAUGUGGUUAUUGAUCUAUCCAGCAUAUACAGUUCUGAAGAGACAGCAUUCGAUUGUAAAAGUUCUAGUCUAAUAAAAUUGAACAACAGCACGAUACUCUAUCUGCGGGAAGUGAAUAAAUUCCUAGCUCUUGUCUGCAUUCUGCGUGAGGAUAAUUUCAGUAGGCAGGGUGUAAUCGAUUAUAAUUUCCUAUGCUUCCGCGAGGCCAUAAGUGAAGUAUUCGAGCUGCGAAUGAAGAAUCAGAAAUUGGAAACCCUAGACGAACAAGACGAAGAGGAAGAAGAAGAAGAUUAUAAGAGUGCAACCCUUCUCAAUGGUGGAAACUCUAUUGUCAACUCAGCGAAUAAUUCAAUCAUUACUUAAGAGAUUACAAACAAAAAAUAAUAAUAAUAAUUUGUUAACUUUCUUUAUACUUUAUUCAUCAACGAUUAAAAAUUGUUAAAAACUAUAA